UUUUUAAAAGUUUAGAUGAAGAAAAAGAUAAGUAGGAUCUUGCAAUAUUCUGGGUCGCUAUUCUUGACAUGUUAAAUACGUAUUUACAAAUGGAGCUUUAAAUAGAUAUUACUUUAUUGAGGAAGCGCUUGUUAUAUAUACUGAUUUGACUAUUUGUGUUUGAAAAUCUGACAUGAUGUGUUUGAAACUACUAGCAUAUGUGGUGCUCUUUAUUCCCUGGUUCCUGGUUCGAGUUUCAAGUCUUAAGAGUAACAAUACUUACAACUUACACCGGACGCUUUUAGAAGAUUACGACGCAGACAUAAGGCCGUGCCUUGAUUGCCCCGAACCAUUGUACAUAUCAAUGGAAUUUCAUUUGACAGCAUUGAAUAAGAUAGACGUGAUCGAGGGAGAACUAAAUACGGUUGGGUAUGUGAGUGUCGUCUGGAUGGAUGGACGACUGGCGUGGGAUCCAGUAUCAACUGGCGUUAGAAGUAUAAUGGUAUCUCCUAAAAAGGUAUGGAAACCACCUAUUAUCCUGGGAAACCCUUCCAAGUCCAUUAGCAAACUAAAUGCAGACGACGCUCUUGCGCGCAUUAUGUACAACGGAAAGGUCAUAUGGAAUCCCGGUGACGUCUUCCGGUCUAGGUGCGAGUAUGACGUCUAUAACUAUCCUUUCGACAGACAGAGAUGUUGGAUUGUGUUCACCCCAUGGUCAUAUCUUGCACAUGAAAUAUCAUUGAAAUCGUCAGCAAAACAUGUAAUGACGUCAUUUUAUCAUGAAAAUGGAGAAUGGAAGUUAGGCACGACUGCUGUGUCAACAUAUGAAAAAGGAGGAAUAUCCGUCAUCCAGUUUGAUAUCAACUUCAUCCGCCGAUCCGAAUUUUUCGUCGUAAAUAUUAUCGUACCAAUUUCAUUUCUAAGCUUCCUAAACUGUCUCUCAUUUGCGAUUCCCAUCCAGUGCGGUGAAAGGCUGUCGUAUUCUGUGACAAUUUUGCUUUCGUUUGCUGUAUUUAUGACAUUGGUAAGCGACAACAUACCGAAGACGUCAGCUCCGAUGUCAUUGCUCUGUUACUGUCUGACGUCACUGUUUUCCGGAAGCGUUCUGAUCAUGGUCUGUGUAAUGCUUAACAUGCGCAUAUUUUACACGGAUCCGUCUACUGAAAUUUCGUCUGCGUAUGUCCAGUUUUCAAAAUUCCUGAAGUGCUGUCAGAAAAAGGAUAUGAAAGCACAUACUAAUAAAGACAAUUCUACGAUCCGCGAAAACGUUGUGAAUGUUUGCACGUGUAACUCUACCGGCCACCAACAGCAAGACCCGUGUGAACAUGUCACAUGGCAGGAUGUUGCAUCCGCUUUCGAUAUAGUAGCAUUUGUAAUUUUUCUCGUAUAUUUCAUCAGCAUUACCGCUGGUUUGAUUUUAUAUACGAAAAGUUGAGUCCUCAUUGGUGAAUAAAAGAAAUAACACAGUCACAUUAAGAAUACAUUAAGUACAUUUUUCUAGUUCUAAAAUACCUAGGUUAACAGAUGUUUAGGUUUGGAAAGGCAUCAAAUACUAUUCAGUAAAACAAGAGAAGAUGAGAUUAGUUACUGUCGUGAAAUGUAGCAGCGGCCCUUAUCGAAGGAGAUCUUCAAUGUUUAUCGACGAGUGAAGUAUUUAUGUGCGUUAUUUUUCAACUGUCAGGUCAUGCAUAUUCAAUGCAUGUAGUCCGGAAACAUACAAUACAAAAGGUACAAUACUGGUUUCCCAGUAGUUUCCGGACCAAAGUAGUUUUCCGGACCUUUUAUAUUUUGUGCUUUACAGACUUUACGCCGUCGUAAAGCAUCUGGGUAACAAUAUCAUAUCAUCUAGACCUGUGUUGCCUUUACAUAGCAGCGAAAACCUAGAGUUACCGAACUUAUUUAUUAUUUGAAUAUCCCGGUUGUUUUAACUUACUUCGAUGUAAUGUUUACACAAGAGAUUGUCAACUGCAGGGGAAUUCCAGUAACAAUGCGCAUGCGCAGAAAUUGAGGUCCCUUGAAGGUAAACAUCAGUCAAUUGAUGCUCCCAUUUACAGACGAUACAGUAAAACAUUCCGACAUUAAUAAAAUAAAACAAUGAAAGUCAGAAAAAA